AAGGAUGCGAAGCUUGAAGGGUUUGAAAUCCGUCAAGGAAGCGUCCUCUUGAUGCCCGUAGAGCUCAUGCACAUGGACGAAAGGACAUUCCCAAGCCCUCAAGAAAUGAAGCCCGAACGAUGGAUGAUUGACGAUGAGAAUACACUGUCAAUGCAGAACAAAAGACUGCGAGCGUUUGGCGGGGGUAAAUCCUUGUGUUCGGGCAGAUUUGUCGCCGAGCAUGAAGUUAUUGGCGUGGUCUCGCAACUCCUCCUUCGUUUCGAUGUUGAG